AUGCCGUUUAGCAGUGUUUGCUGCUGUCCCAAACACGACGCGUGGGGAUUUGGACAAGUCGGUCCAAAACAGCUGUUUUCGUUAUCAUAUCAGGAAACUAAGUACUGUGGCUCUGGAAAGUGGAGUACAGCUGGACACAAGGAGAGAAAACGAAAGAUUUGCGGUUUAUGCCGGGACAAAAUUAAGCUCCUAAAGAGAUGCGAAACACUGGAGCUUGAGGUAAGGUGAAGUCAGUAGAUCUUCGCACCUUCUGAUGAUGUGAUACUGUGUUAGAUCUUUUCGAAACCUAGGUGUUCCGCGUUACUCUUCUUUCAUUCAACUUUUUUAUUUUUGUAGGCUGCUUCAUCAAGCCAAAUAGUAGAUUCACCGGCUACUGAAAAUGAACAAGUUGAAGUUUGUGUGCCACAGGAUGAGCCUGAUACUUUCAUUGAACAUUCUGUGACAGAGGACAAAGCUUGUCAAGUUCCCGAAAAUGCCCAUACACGCCAGGGUUAUGAAUGUGUUGGUCAUAGAAGGAAACUGGACUUAAGAAGUGAAAUUAUGUGCAAAAUAGACGCAUUGCUAGAUAACUAUACUUCCGAUGGUGAGGAGGGUAGACAGGCCAUCAUGAAUGACAUUCUGAGCAGCCAAAAAUUCCAAGGGAAGUUUGGGGAUGUAUUUACCAAGCACCGAAAACAAAGCAGCGAUGACAAAAUUUUGAAAUUAUUGGCUAAGGACUACAUUGCAGCAAAAGACAAAGAGAGCAGCAAAUUGAUACGGGCACAGGGUGCUAAGGUAGCCAACAAACUUAUUAUAGGUGACAGCAUGAAAACAAGCAACUUGAUUUUCAGUGGAGUAAGGCAAGGAAAAAAUCGAAUAGAGACGGCACAAGCCAUUGGCCGAUUGAGUAAGUUUGGGGACGAACGAAGAAGGCUUCUCUCAAUUGUGGCAUGUGACUUCUCAAUGUCAGAACUCCAGGAAUAUUUUCCCUGUUCAAAGAGUACAAUCACUGCAGCGCGAGUUCAUGCCAUCUUGUUUGGAAGAGGUGGUGUCCCCCGUGAUGGCUUGUCAUUUACCAGGCAGGCAGUGAGCCCUGAGAUCAUUCAAGAAUUCCAAAACUUUAUCACUCAAGAUGACAUCUCAAGGCCAUCUUCAUGUCGAAGCGUGCUUGUGGAUGGAAAAGAAAAGGGGUUAAGAUAUUGGCUUUGUGAUAUAAAGGAAGUUAUUCAGCAGUACCAGCUCAAAUUUCCUGGUGGUCUGAAGAGAACCUACAUUUAUUCUCACUUGCCCAAAAACUUUCGUAUGAACUCAAUGUUGGCAGGUCUUUGCAACCUUUGCGAUGACUUUGGACAUUCAAACUUUGAUUCGUUGGAAUUGCUAUUAGGCAAUAUCAGAGAAGAGGGUGUUAUAAGUGUCAGUACCCAUUCCAAUUUCACGGGCAUGUCCAGACAGUAUCAGAAGUUUCUAAAGGUGCAGUUCCCCAAAGAGGUAAGAAAUAGAGCAAAUUAUAUUUUAUUACAUGCAGAUUUUAUCCUUUGUAUUGCUGACCGAAAAAGUCUUCAUAAUUGUGGAUCAAGCAAUAAAAUAACAAAGGUUGGGUAUGCCAAGGUGCUAGAAACCAUGCUUUAAGAACAUGAAACGGUAGUGUCAAUACUUGAAGAGAAUCUAAUAGGAUUCGAAAUAACUGUUUAUAGGCAUUUAUUUGUUUGACACCUGUGUGUUUAGAACAUUUUGUUGAAAGUGCACAUCAAAAAGUUAGUUCUCAGACACUGUAUUUUCAUAAACUGCAUAGAGGUUGGGAAUGACAUUUACAGCAAAUGGUAAGCAUUAAUUUGCACCACAUGACCUUUGCCUGUCAUUUACUUCUACAAAAAAUAAGUAUUUUUAUGUCAUUUUUAUUUGUAAGAAUUGUUUUCAGCUGAUUUUAUAUGCCUAUUUUCUAUUUUGAGACAUUCUCAACUUGAAACUGAUGUUUGUCGUCUACUGUAAACAUGACUGGUUAUCUCUCCAAUAUCUUCAAGGUGUUUCAGAUUCACCCAUCUUUGAGAAAGAGAAGUGUUUUCUAAUGUUUGGCCACUUUUGUUCUUUUUUUUAUUUGGGUUUUAGUUGGAGAGGCAUUCAGCUUGUGCCGAGCUUUGUUUGGAUUAUGCCCUUGGCCAAUGCUCAGCGGAACAUAUGCAUCGUUCUUCAAAUGUGGAUGACUUUCACAAGUUAAGGAAAGAAAUAAAAGAUGCUCUGAAUGGAAUUAAUGAUGCAGCUAAGAAGGCUUCAUUCACCAAGUCCUGGGAACAGAUUGAGUUGAACCACAAGGAGUACCUUGCACACAUUGUUCGCACCAAACAUCAGGGGGACUACUAUCGGUAUGUCCUUUCAAACCUUCAGCCUGGAGAGGUAGUUGUAAUCAUCGAUUACAAAAUGAAAGUUGAGCUUGGUCUUAGAACCCGUGAGAACCAAAGAGAAUGGUAUGGAAAAAGAGGAAUUUCUCUACAUGGUUUCCUUGUAAUUGCACAGGUAAGUUCAGUUCUUGACACGAUUGUGAAAGUUUAGGUCGUUGCAUCUUAUACAUGUACAUGUAGGGUCAUUGUUCACACUUCCUUCAACCUAGUUUUCUUGAGAAUUGCAUCAUACCCUAUUUUUUAAAGAUAAAGUUGAAUUUUUUCAAUUCUGUAAUUGUGAGGCUGUUGAUUUGCAAUUUUUGGUAUGUUCUAGGUCACUUCUUUCCCUUUGAAGAUAUUACCGCCUGGCCAUAGCAAAACCUCCAUUUUGCUUUUCACAGUUUUGUCUUAGGUAGAUGACUUUUUGUUCAUUUUUGUUGGCCAUUUGAGGGCCUUGCAAGUUCUUCUGUUUCCUUUUAUAUGGGUGUGUUUGUAUUAAGAGGGAUUUGCUUUAUAACCCAAAACUAUGGAAUAGUAAUUUUUUGGGGGGGUGAAUUAAAUGUUUUUCAGGUGGCAGAGGGUCAGCGGAAAACAGAAGUCAUUGACUUAUGGUCAGAAGAUACCAAACAGGAUGCGUGGUUCACACAAAGUGCCCUUGACAUAGGAUUCAGAUGGUUAGAGACUGCUUACCCGGGAUUUUCUGUCUACCUGUUUUCUGGUAAGUCUCAUGAACAAAGUAACAUGAACAUGAAAUUAGUGAUUAUGAUAUGUACCAUUCAAAAGGUACUUGUUGUAUAGAUUGCAAAAGGCAGUUCAAAAGCUCUUUUCUUUAUUUUCCAAAAGCAGAAGGUAUUUUUUUUCAUUAUUUUUUCCAAAGAGUAGGUCCUUUCCCCCAGUUAGAAAAAACAAACAAACAAAUUUUUGAUUUGUGUUGCUUUUUUUCUUUCUUUUCUAAGCUCUGCCUUUUUUAUUUUAUUUUUUUUUAGAUAAUGGGCCGCAUUAUCACAAUAGCGCAGUCCUCUUUUAUCUCUCUGAGGUGAACAGAGUUUUUAACUUCACACUAAAGGAAUACAACAACUUCGAAGCUGGAGAGGGGAAAUCCCAACUUGACUCCCACUUCGCGCACAUAAGCCAUAAAAUCGUUCGGUGGGUGCGUUUGGGCAAUGACCUAGAAAGCGGAGAGCAGGUUGCUGAAUUAAUAGAGGUAUGUAAAUGAAUAUAUUUUUUACUAUUGACUCUUUAACCUCUAAAAUGGCAAUAUUGCAUACUGAUUCCAAUUUCCUUUUUUUAAAAAUCCUACAUUUAUAAGGACGAUUAGAACUAGGCGAAUUAAUGUCAAUGUUUUUGUUGGAAUGGUAACUGUUACACCAGUGACAAUAUGCUUUAGAUCCCAAGUGCAAAUUUUAGAAUGGGAAUCCCUUUACCUAACUCAUUCCAGACCAGUGUGAAAAGGUUAAUGAAGUAUCCUUUCUUCAUAACAAUCUCUGGUGGAUUUUAUUUAUAACUUCUAAAAAGGCAUAUUAGGUGUGCCAAAAUGUUCAAACUAUGGUGAACAAUCAUGCAAGUUUUUGUCGUAUUCAAACAGUCAAUUCUUUUGAUUUUUACAGUCAAUGAAGAAUGCAACAUGCAAGAAGCUCCUCAUUGAUAGGUCCAAAGCAAAAAAAGUGGGAACACUAAAAGAUAUAUCCCUGUUUGGAAGUUUUAUCUUCCCCACUGAGGGCCAAUUUGCCAAUGGCCUGCAGAUGAGACCACUAGCUGGAAUUGGAAAUAGUUCCAGCAAGAAGAAGGAGCAAAUAUGUCAACUAAGCGGGCGUCACAUUCCAAUAGCUGGUGCAACUGGUGCCAUUACCUCCGAAGAACAGCCUGAUGCAGAACCAGUUCAGUGCCCUACCUCUUUCCCAGCAUCAAGGAAUGAAGGAUAUUCUGUGCGUUUUAUCCAACAUGCACCUGAGCAAACAGUGGCUCCUUCACUGCACCCUGUUACAGAUGACCAGUAUCUACUGCUAAGGCUGGAGACUGGAUAUGCCCUGAAACAUGGCCCAGGAAAACGCACAGUUUUUAGUCAAGCCCAAAAAGAGAUCAUGAUAGAAUUUUAUAACAGGCAGGCGGUAAACCGCAUCAGAGCGGAACCUAAGGACGUCAUGAAGGCAAUGGCAGAUGCAGGAUUAGAAGUUCUUUCUGCAAUCCAAAUAAAGAAUUGGUGGUCUACAUACCACCGCAAGAACAGACAACAGCUAGCAGCUAAUAUGCCACCUGCUGUGACACCAGCUACUGUGCCAUCCUACUCAAUGCCAGAUGUGCCUUUAAGUUCAACAACAUCCUUUGUAAUACCAACUACAGUAACAUCCAGUGUAAUGGUACCCACUGUAGGAUGCAGUGUAAUGACAGCUACUUUGCCAUCCGGAAUGGUACCAGCUACAGUGACAUGUAGUGUACAGCCACCUACAUGUACAGUGACGUCUUGUUUAAUAACAGCUACAACAACCAAGGAAGUAUCACCUACAGGAACUAUGGCACCAACUACGGUGACAACCAGUAGGACACCUGCCAUGACAUCCAGUACAAGUCCAGCAACUGUCCCUCCCAUACCGCCACCACCUGCUCCUUCUUCCAGUGUUACAGCACUAUCACCUUCAAUCCCACAGGCAAUUUUGACUGGUCGUUUUUCACAGCUGUCAAGUGUUGUAACUGAAUGGUCAUUCCCAGAAAGUUUCAGCCAGUCCACUCUUGAUGGAAGGAAUGGAAGCAAUGCAUGUGCUUUCAUUUCUCUGUACUUUGGUCAAAUUGCUUCCAAAGGCCUGCUUCCCCCCCGAAAUGGACUUCACUUGGACAUCUCAUGGAAGGAUUCUCUCAGGCAGGCAAUGAUAAAAGGCAAUGAAUUGCAUGAUGAUUUGUUUGAUCAUGAGGGUGUUGAUCUAAAUGUGGAUGAUGCAGCUGAAAUGGCUGGAGAGGACUGUGGCAUUCUCUGCAUUGGACAACAAAAAGAUUUAUUUGGAGGAACUGGUGUUGCCAAGCAGUUACUUACCAAUUUUCUUGAUGAAUUGUCUAACAAGAAAGAACGAGUAUGCCUCCUAUUUUGCUCUUCUGGAAGAACAAUGUUUUUGCUGGUUGACAGUUGUGGCAGUUUCUAUUUUGCUGAUUCGCAUUCCCAUGUUAACAGUGGCGCCCUUAUUGCCAGUGUAGGCCCAGGUCAAGGGAAAGCAUUUACCGACUGGAUUGAUAGAAUGAUGGACAUCAACUGGCAAUCCCCUCUUACACUGGGGUCAGUAACUGAGGUUAUCUAUGCAUAA